AUGUCGGCACUACACAACAACGCCGCCCUUUCAGCAGGUGCAUUACCUCCUCCACCGGUCGCUUUGAAUGGCAUACCCUUCCACAAUCAGAAAUCAAGACAAGCUGAGAUGUCACCUCUCAAAGAACUCGUUCGUAUGGAUUUAGAAUUGCAAGGAUGGACCAUUGACGAGAAGCUGAAAUGGUCAAUAGCGUCGAUCGAUCCGACCAAGUAUCUUCGCGGAUACGUCCCCACAGUCGGCACAGGCCUCAAAGAUACCUGCAACGCGGUGAUCAUCGGCUUAGACAAACCUUUCAAGAUCGCUUACAGCGUCAUCAACUCCCGAACAUAUGGUGAUCUUGAUCUGCAGAUCACGUCCAGGGUCUAUGUCGUUGGGUCUAAUGUCCAAAAGCCCAAUCUUCAGAUCCGACCGGCUGGCACGAGGUACGUAUUCCGCUCGUACAAAGAAUACACUCCUGUCGAGGCUGUACUGCACAUGUCCUUCGACGCUUCCUCGCCAAUCUUCCAACGAUAUCUGGUGCAUCCCGAGGGAAAAUCCUUAAACUCCAGGUACACCACCAUACCUAAAUGCUUGGAACUUCAACUCACCACUCUCCCAGGCCACAGUCGAACGACCCCAUUAUUUGGAAUGAGAGCUCCCGGUGCUCCCUGUUCAUGGGUUCUCAUCGAGACGACCAAUCUAGCUGCUAUGGACCUUCAAUUCGAAGCGGUAGACUGCCCUUCGUUGCCCAAGGACGCCCCCCCCCCCCCUCCUUUAGAGAUCAUCCCGUGGGAGAGGGCCCCGAAGAGGCGAUGA